GUAAAGCAGGGCCGCGUUUUCUCGACUUCCGGUUAUCCCGUACCCGCCAGCCGAGACGCAGAAACCGUUUCGAACGGUUCCGGGAGAUACGCGAACCGCGCUUCGAUCAUUCGUUCCCGCGGACAUCUAGUGAACCGGAAGUGACACUCGAACCAGUGAAAUCGGGAGGAAAUAAUCUUUGUCGAAGCUGACACCUUGCUGGAUUUUAUACAGAUCGUGAAGGAAGAAAAGGAUGCAGAGGUGGAAGAGGGACUCACAGGGGCCGGUCGACUGAUCCACCCUGCCGACAUUGGCGGCGGAGUGGGAGCUUUAUCUGGACACGAACGAACCCUCGUUCGAGAUUGGCGGGCUUUAGAGAGCUAGGGAGUUCCGCGGGACCCGGCAAAUGUGGCUCUGUGCACGGUGAGCCGGGGUUACGGGGGCCGCGGGGCCCGUGGCGGUGGGGGUAGAUCCCGCGGCGAGGCAAGCGUGAGGCUACCCCUGAGUCCUCGCACUCUGUGCGCCCCUGGGGCCGGAGGUGGCGCACAUGUGCACGCACAGGGCACUGGACCCGGCGCUACUGCGACCGCGGCGACCGGGCCUCCUGGACCCGGAAACAAUCCUGGCACCGAGGAAGGAUCCGGUCUUCCCGACGAGCCAAUGGUACACGUCGAGAGGGCCGCUCAACAGGGUACCUGGAUAUGCUGCGUGCCUUGUUACUGGCUCCGUCGCAGUAAGGCCGUGCACAAGGCGCUGCUCACGUUCGCGAUGCUGCUCGUCACCAGUCUGCUCGUCACCAGCCCUGUCCUCUUCCUCAUCACCACGCUGCCUGAGGGGGAGCAGCCACGUGAAUGCGUGCCGUUGGACGAAGCGUGCAUCAGGGAGAGGGAUGGUCCCGAGGGCGUGUGCGACUCGAAAGCCUGCGAGGAAGCCUCGAAGCGGAUGGUGGCGUUCAUGAAGAAGGGGAUGGAUCCUUGCAAGGAUUUUUAUCAGUUCGCGUGCGGCGGUAUUCGCGAUCAGCAGCCGUAUCAGCCUAGCUCGAGCUUCAACAUGCUUCAGGCGAGGGUCGACGAUCAUCUUCACAAGUUGCUGGCGAACAGGACGGGUCACAUGGUGGGCGACUUCGAGAAGCUGGGCCAGUUUUACAACGGCUGUCUGGGAUUCAAGGAGAAGCCGGUGAAUUUCACGCCCGUUUACGAGCUUUUACGCGAACUCGGCGGCUAUCUACCCCCGAAGAGCAUCGCGCCAGCCGACAUCACACCCCUGGUCUCCAGGCUGCUCAGGGUGAACGGCGCUCCACUCUUCGACUUCUUCGUCGACGUGGAUCUUUACGAUCGAUCCAGGUCCUCCGUCUUUCUGGAUCUGCCUACGAAACAUCAGGAAGACGCGUUCUUCGCGGAGAAUCCGGAAGAAGGAUUACGAUGGGCCAAGGCGUACUUGAUGAUGGAGAAGCAGCAAAAGAGGACGGUCCACGAGGAAAGCCGAGCUUACACCAUGAUCAAGAACAAGAUGGAGGAGCAGAGAUCACGCAGAAUUCAGAGGAUCGUCGACGGCCUCCUGCCCAGGACCAUGGACCCCAAGGACCGCGCCUCGGAGACCGAUCUGCUCCUGCAAUUCUGCCUGUCCCUUAGCAAGAUCUAUCCGAAGCACAAGGAUCUAUACAACUGGGUGGACGUGGAUCAGAGGGUGUACGUCCCUUUCAACAUGUCCUAUCUUCAGGAGAGUUUCGGUUAUAUAAGGUGGGGGACGCUGCUGAACGCCACUUUAGGCGCUGCCACUGCCGAUCUAUACAAUCAUACCCGCAACAGGGAUCGAAAUUCUUACGGCUACGACGAUCAGCUGGUCUACGUUUACGUUACCGCCCCGCGUUACUUCCGCAGCCUUGGCAAACUGCUGAAUCGCUUUUCGAGGAGGAUCAUUCACAACGGACUGUUGCUCCUGUACGCGACGGACACCCUGCACGACAUUGCGAACGUGACGGGAAGCAAGGACUGGGAGCUUGCCUGCUUCAAGCUCGCGAAGGACGUGUUCGGAGAAGUGGUGGGCGCUCUGUACGUGCAGCAGUACACGCCGCAGUAUUUAGAGACCCUGGCAAACCGGGUGGCAGGACUGUUCGAGCGCGUGAAAGAGACAGUCGCCGAGCGGAUUUUGGUGAAAUCUUGGCUAGACGAGGAGACGAGGACGCAGGCGUUGCUGAAGCUGAACUCGUUGCGGGGAAGAUUUCACGUGUGGCCUGGUUUCUACAAUGAGACUCUGCUGGCCCGCGAAAUGGCCGAGGUGGAGAUCGACCCGGAUGAUUUCUUUCACACCGUGAUGAAGCGAUUCCGACAGAUACGGACCGUGGACGACAAGGUUCUGCGGAGGAAUGUGACCGAAAAACGUCGACACCCGUACAGCGUCAGCGCCUACUACGAGUCCUCGACGAACACGAUUGGCAUCCCACUAGCGAUGAUGACGGCCUGGUCUUGGUCCUGGGACGGUGGCCCCGCGUACGCCUCGCACGCGACAUUGGGAUCGGUGAUCGGCCACGAGAUCCUCCACGCUUUCGACCUCCAUCGACGUCGACUGCCAUUGGAUCCCGAUAUGAACGUCGAUCAGUGGCUCUGGAUCACGCCGGAGUCUUGGAAGAGGUUGGAAGCGCGGAUCGAAUGCGUCGCGAGGCUCUACGCCAGGAGCUUCUGGAGGAAAGUUCAGUUCUAUGGGAACGACGUUGCUGUACAGUUCGAUUGGAACGUGACGAGGAACGAGAACGUCGCCGAUAUCGGAGCCUUGCAGAUCUCUUAUAAAACCUGGCACACCCUGACGAACGGGAAGGAUCGAAGUCUUCCCGGAUUGGAGGGACUUCGUCCGAGCCAGCUUUUCUUCAUAAGCGCCGCCCAGACUUACUGUUCCAAUAUGACUGCCGAGGCCUAUAUUCUCUCCGUUGAGCUCGAUUAUCAUACACCUCAGCCAGAAAGAGUCAACGGUAUUAUGAUGAACUCUCAAGCAUUCGCUGACGCGUUCCGUUGCCCGAUCGGAACCAAGAUGAACCCCCCUAACAAAUGCACCACCUGGUGAUGGUCAAGGCUCGGACAAUCGUUUGCUGACAACGUCAGGUUUCAUUCACGAUACUCGAUCAUUGGGAUUCGAUUCGGAUAACGGCGUGCUGUGGUUGGACACACCCAAGUGACAGGGGUGAAUCAUUUUUUCAGCAACCGUCGAGCGAUCUUGCGUCGAAGGGAAUCGAUUCAGGUGUUCUGUCCGGAGCUAGAGUGGAAAGAUACAUCGA